GUUUUGGGGGGGUUUUUGUUUUGUUUUGCUCAGAAAUCGUUUCCUGGCUCAGACCCACCGCAGGCUGGUGAACAGGAGAAAAGUUAGCCCAGUGCAAAGGACUUCACAGAAAAGCAGAGUGGGGAUUUAGCUCAGGGCAAAGUCCCCACUACCAAAAAAAGAAAAGCAGAGUGAAUGCACAGGAACCUGGGGAGAGCUCACAGGGAGCAGGAGGCAAUGUGGGGGAAAGUCUUUUGAGAUGGCUCAAUGAAUUGCACAAGGUGGACUAAAACUUGGGACCCUCCUGUCUCAUCGUCCUGUGUAGCUGGGAUUCCAGGCUCGCCAGUACACCCGGUCAUCGAGUGGGGGGGAUCGAUGCAGAUGCCUCAGGGGAACCCGCUGCUGCUGCCCUACACCCUGCAGGAGCUGCUGGCCAGGGACAGCGUGCAGGUGGAGCUCAUCCCGGAGAAGAAGGGCCUCUUCCUGAAGCACGUGGAGUAUGAGGUGUCCAGCCAGCGCUUCAAGACCUCUGUGUGCCGUCGGUACAAUGACUUCGUGGUCUUCCAUGAAAUGCUGCUGCACAGGUUCCCGUACCGAAUGGUGCCAGCCCUUCCACCCAAGAGAGUGCUGGGAGCCGACAGGGAAUUCAUCGAGGGCCGGAGGAGGGCCCUGAAGCGCUUCAUCAACCUGGUGGCCAGGCACCCCCCGUUCUCUGAGGAUGCCACCCUCAGGCUGUUCCUCUCAUUCAGUGGCCCAGAUGUACAGAACAAGCUUAGGGAAGCAGCCCAGGGUGUUGGGGACGAAUUCCUGAACUGUAAGGUGGCUACUAGGGCCAAGGACUUCCUCCCGCCUGACAUCCAGACUCAGUUCGCCGUGAGCCGGGAGCUCAUUCGCAACCUCUACAACAGCUUCUACAAGCUGCGGGACCGGGCCGAGCGGAUUGCCUCUAGGGCCAUCGACAAUGCAGCUGAUCUUCUCAUAUUUGGGAAGGAGUUGAGUGCCUUAGGGUCUGACACGACCCCGCUGCCCUCCUGGGCCACUCUGCACCUGAGCACCUGGGCCUCGCUGAAGCAAGCUCUGAAGGGCCUGUCUGUGGAGUUCGCAGUGCUGGCAGACAAAGCUGUGCAACAGGGCAAACAGGAAGAGAAUGAUGUGGUGGAGAAGCUGAACCUUUUCCUGGAUUUGCUUCAGGCCUAUAAAGACCUGUGUGAGCGGCAUGAGAAGGGCGUGUUACACAAGCACCAGCGGGCCCUGCACAAGUAUGGGCUGAUGAAGAGGCAGAUGAUGACUGCCACUGUCCAGAACUGCGAGCCUGAGUCUGUGGAGCAGCUCGAGUCCCGCAUUGUGGAGCAAGAGAACGUGAUCCAGACCAUGGAGCUUCGCAACUACUUCUCCCUGUACUGCUUGCAUCAGGAGACACAGCUGGUCCACGUGUACCUUCCCCUCACCUCCCACAUCCUUGGGGCCUUCGUAAACUCUCAGAUCCAGGGGCACAAGGAGAUGAGCAAGGUGUGGAAUGACCUGAAGCCGAAGCUCAGCUGUCUCUUUGCUGGACCCCACAGUGUGCUGACUCCACCACGGUCCCCUGCAGAGGACAGCCUGUGUCCCCACUAGUGCCUGAGGCCACAGUGGAGCUCCCUGUGACUCACUAAAGCCUCUUUUCAAAUGGUGUGUCCCUGGCUAAUUCCCUUCAGAUGGUGGCCACUGCCCCGUGGUGCCCGGAGGAGCUGAAGCAGAGGAGCUCAUGCUGCCCAGGUCUGCAGGGGCAUAGCCAGCUCUCUCCACCCUGCUUCUGGGUGGGAGGCUGCACUCCUGAUCAGCCCUGUGGUCUGUAGGCCUGGUGGAGAAGUUGGGGUUCUCUGGGAUGGUUUUCUCUUGGUGGCCAGAGUAGGGUAGGGGGGCAAGGGUCAUUCCCACACUGCAAGUCAUGCCUGGGGUAUACUAGGGGCCCCCCAGGUACCAGAACAGUCCAGAGGGCUCACCUGGUCAGCUGAGCAGGGGAAUGGGUGGGCAGGACUAUCCUGUGGCCGGCAGCCAUCAGGUGAGGAGAUGGCCAGUUUCUGAUGGGGAAAGGUUGGAUUGUGGAUUUGGGCCCCAUACAUAGGUGGUUGGGUCAUUGCUUUGUGCAUUAGAACAGGUGAGGCAGGAAGGCCAGCUGAUUUAGAAUGUUGCUGGUAUAGUGCAAGUGUUCAGGGAACAUGCUCCAGUGAGAGCCUACAGAGCCUAGGCUGGGGCUGCCCUCCAGGUCAGGUGUCCCGAGCUACCCUCUGCACACAUCCGUGAUCCUGAGGGUGCCACAUCUUGAGUCAAGAGCAAGUGCACUGAGAUCUCUGAAGUGAUGGCGUGGAGGCUCCUCCUGCCUGUCUGAGGCUGCAAGCUGCUAUUCCUUUAUUAAUCUUUGGGUGGUCCGAUUGAGGCCAGGCCGUGGGACACUGAGCCAGUGGACAGGUGGGGUGCAGGGGCAGGAGACUGCUGGCUGGGCUUUGGAGGCAGCAUCACUUGGACUGAGCUUUUGAAACCCUUUUCCUUUUUUGGAGGCUGCAGGCCCUCCUGCCUACUUGACCAGGGGAGGGCACAUCAGGUUGAGGGAAGCCAGCUUCCUGCUCUGUGGGUCAGGUCUGGGUGAUGGCUGCUCUCAUCCUUCCUGUAAUGGACACACAGGAGGGCCCCUGGGUGUCAUUGAGCCCUGUUCUCAUUGGCCAGGGACAGACUGGUGAGAAGUGGCAUGCAGCAUUUCUGAAGUUUCUUCCCUCGCAUGAUUCCUGCCUGCUGCCCAUUUCCCUUCCCGGGUAGAGGGAGGCCCAGCUGGCUUAGAACCCCAUGGGCAGUGGCCCUCACACUGACAGGCCAUAGGGUGAAUUAGAGCCACCUUGUUCUGGCAGAUAGCUGUGUGGGACCCACCAGGAGGAUGUGGUGGCUGUGGGGACUCAGUGCCCCCUGCUGUGUGGAUGGACAGACUACCUGUGACUUCUGACACAGUGCUGGCCAUUGGGCAGACUGUCCCCUGUGGUUCGGGGUGGCUCAUGCCUGUGACCUCCUGCUGAGAUGAGGCCCUGGGGUCAGGGGUGAGCGUCUCCAGGCUGGGGAGGCCACAUUCUCCACACAGGCUGAGAAGAGACACUCCUAGCAUGCCUUCAACAGGAACUGUGUGUGUGUGUGGGGGGUGGUACCAGGAAGUAAAUCCCGGGCUGAAUGUGCUAAGCAAGUACUUUACCACUGAUUUACCCCUCCCCCUAGCCAAUCUUUGAAAAUUUCGAGAAAAUGUCUGCUAAAUUGCUCAGAUUGGCCUCAAACUUUUGAUCCUCCUGCCUCAACCUCCUGAAUAGCUGGAUUACACGUGUAUGCCACCAUGCCUGGCCCAAACGAACUUUAUCCUUUAAAGAACUGGCAGGGAACCUGAGUGAGCAAGUGACUUGAGAUUGCUUAGCUGAUGGCCUCUUGCAGCAGUGAGACUAGGUAGGAAGACGGGGAGGUUAGCCUGCACGGCCUGCAGUGCCUGUGUCCCAGGAGUGGAUGUGGAUGGAAGCUUCCUUAUUUGCUGCCUGCCCUCUUACCCCUAGGUGCUUUAGGAAGGGACCUGCUGGAACUGCUAGAACAGCACCCCAGGCUCGGCCUGGCAGUGUCUGCUCAGUUUUGAUCUACUUCUGGCUCCAAAGUGAAGGUCUCAUGGUGGCAGGGGAUCAGGAGUCCUGACCCCCUUUCUGCUGUCCUGCUGCCUGAGUCUCUGUACUCUACUAUGGCCAUGCUUGGCCCGAAGGAAGGGUGCUGGGCACCAUCCUCACAGGAGAUGAGGCCUGGUGUGCACAGGCUUGCAUUCCUGGUGAGGAAGGCUGAGGGGAGUACAGCUGGGGUCUCAGUUGGUGGCCACAUGGCCAGAGGGAGGUGACUGCCAGUGGGAAGUACAGGGCACAUUUGUCAGGCCCGCCAGAGUGGAGGAGUGGGGCUGGGCCUGUGGCCAGGCAGGAAAGGAUUGCUGUGGGCCUGCAUGGGACCAUGAGCUGAAAUCAGCACUGCUCCUGGUGUUCAAGGCCUUUUCUUGCUUUGGCUUGAGCCAGGUGUUAUGUAAGAAGCACUUUCCAUGGCUGCAGGAAUCAGGUACUGCCACACCCAAUAAACUGGAACUGUUUACACAA